UCUCUUCCUAGUUCUCCGCGGGCGGUGUUUUCUUCGUCCGCGGCUCAAAUAUUACGCGCGCUCAGCCAUUUCCUCCGUCUCUUAAGCCUCCCGCCCGCAGCUUCCCACGGCCAAUUGAACCCGAUCUCGGCAAGAAGCAAACUUGUCCGUCAAUACCAAUGGCAGGCCAAGGAAUCAAGAAAACAACUCGUAGUCGUGGAGCAUGCCUGGCCUGCAGAGCACGAAAACACAAGUGUAGCGGGGAGAGACCAAAAUGUGCACAAUGCGGUAUGAACAACGUGUCCUGUCAAUGGCCUGAACAGAGAAAGCGUGGUCCCCCGAAGCACUACAUCUUAACCAUGGAGAAACGUUUGAUGGAAACGGAACAAGUUCUUGGCGCACUGCUGGCUCAAGUAUCGGGAGACCAGCUGGUAUCGGCAUUUCGUGAUCUCCGGGGACCUGGCCUCCGAUCAACUGGUGGUGCCUCGUCAACCAACGACGGAACAUCACUUGAAGUGGUCAAAGGGCAAAAGUUCGGCCCCGUGUACUGGGGCAACUAUCCUCUCGACUCAGCAGAAGCGGUUCACCGUUGGUGGGAAGACCGAACAUCAAUAGAUCCAAGCGAUGCGCCCACUAUGGAUUCUCAGGUGUUCGAGGUUGCUGCUACAAACGAUUCGCCCACCGACAACACACCAGGUGGCGACGAUAGUUGCGGGGAUGAUGAUAUUGAAGAGACCGAGGGCAUGAGGCGCGCAGAAAGCAUGGAAGCAGACGAAACCCUGAUAAUAAACCCAGAUGUGUCUAGAGACUCAGAACAGUACUCUACUAGGAUACGGGGUAUCGGAGGAGGAGCUGCUGGGUCGCCAGUAGAAGCGGUAACGAGCUCUGGACCCAGUCUCAAUACAGGAGCGGAUGAAAGGCGGCGGGAAACACAACUGCCAAUUCCAGAAAGCUACGAAAGCGCGUUCCUUUGGUAGUUGGAUUUACCCAGUUCAUCAAGUACGAUUCGAGACUCUAUGUGACCCAUUUGAAAUACUAGGAGAGGCUAGUAAACUCGCCAUGUCUAGUCGAGCGGUAAUUACUUGACUUCAACUGGGUAGCUACGGUUCCUUCUCUUGGAGGCCUCGUCUUUCUUAUAAAACUAGUAUUUAUUACGUUGUUGGAAAAGCUGUAGACUUGUGUUUAC